AUGGCAGAGGCCGGUAUUUCAGAGUUUCAUGACCAGUUCAAGUGUCUAGUCUGUCCAGAUCUUCUUAAGGAUCCUGUUACUAUUCCCUGUGGACACAGUUACUGUAUGGGCUGUAUUAAGGACUACUGGGAUCAGGAUGAUCAGAAGGGAGUCUACAGCUGCCCCCAGUGCAGACAGACCUUCACACCAAGACCUGCCCUUGGUAAAAACACCAUAUUGGCUGAAAUGGUGGAGAAACUGAAGAAGAUGAGACUCCAAGCUGCUGCUCCUCCUGCUCACUGUUAUGCUGGACCUGGAGAUGUGGAGUGUGGUGUUUGUACUGGGAGAAAACUCAAAGCCAUCAAGUCCUGUCUGGUCUGUCGGGACUCCUACUGUCAAACUCACUUUGAACGUCAUGAAGAACUUUUUAAAGGGAAGAGGCACAAUGUGACUGGUGCUACUACAAAACUACAAGACCAGAUUUGCCCUCAUCAUGACGAAACUAUAGAGCUCUGGUGUCAAACUGACCAACAGUUCAUGUGUUAUCUUUGUAAGCUGGAUAAACACAAAAAACAUAAAACCGUAUUAGUGGCAGCAGAGAGGACUGAAAGACAGAAGCAGUUGAGAGAUACUCAGAGGAAAACCCAGCAGAGAAUCCAGGAGAGAGAGAAGGAGGUGCAGGAGCGGAGACAGGCUGUGGAGUCUCUGAGGCGCUCUGCACAGGCAGCAGUGGAGGACAGUGAGAGGAUCUUUACUGAGCUGAUCUGUUCCAUUGAGAGAAGGUGCCGUGAGGUGACAGAGCUGAUCAGAGAUCAGGAGAAGAGUGAAUCGAGUCGGAUUGAAGGAGUCCUGGAGCGACUGGAGCAGGAGAUUUCUGAUCUGAGGAGGAGAGACACUGAACUGGAGCAGCUUUCACACACAGAGGAUCACAUCCAUUUCCUCCAGAGUUUCUCCUCUCUCUGUUCCCCUCCUGGAUCUGAAGACUUACCCAGCAUCACUGUCUGUCCACACCUCUCUUUUGAGGAUGUAAGAAAAUCUGUCUCUCAGCUGAAAGAGCAACUGGAGGAUUUCUGUAAAAAGGAGUUUGGAAGACUUUACAGUAAAGUGAAAAACAUCAAGAUCAGUCCUUGCCCUGAACCCUAA